AAAACUUUUGACCAUACAAAACUUUUGUAAAGGCGCAGUCGUCAGCUCAUCCUCUCGAGUGAAGAUUUAAAGAUGUCUGGAAGUAGCUCUGAUCAGGGCUCUAUUGAUAAUCCGGUCAAGUUUAAGGAUCAGGACUAUGAAACCCUACUGCAGAACUGUCUUAAAUCUGGCGUGCUUUUUUCAGACCCCAUCUUUGCAGCGAAUCAAAGCUCUCUCGGUGUACCAGUGGAUCCUGAUCCCAAAAAGGCAGUAAGGUGGCUCCGGCCAAAGGAAAUCACAAGCAAUGCUGUCUUUGUUGAGGGCACCAUGGGCACCACCGAUAUCUGCCAGGGCCAGCUGGGCAACUGCUGGUUGCUGGCCGCCCUGUCCUGUCUUACAAUGCACCCGACCCUGUUUGUCAAAGUGGUUCCAUCUGGCCAAAGCCUGAGCGAAUCGUACGCUGGCAUCUUUCACUUCAGGUUCUGGCAGUAUGGUGAGUGGGUGGAGGUAGUUGUGGAUGACAAGCUGCCUGUGAGAGAGGGCCGUCUGCUUUUCAGCUAUUCUCGCACCAGCAAUGAGUUCUGGAGCGCCCUGGUGGAGAAAGCUUAUGCCAAGCUGAUUGGAUCCUAUGGCAGUCUGAAAGGAGGUAUUAUCUCCGAGGGAAUGGAGGACUUUACAGGGGGGAUUGCAUACUCACUCCCCGUGUCUUCACGGACCCCACGUGUGCUUUGGAAAGCCAUUACUGCUGCCCUGGCCAGAGACAGCCUGAUCAGCUGCUUCAUACACGCUACAAAUGUGAAGGACAUUGGCACUGUGACACCAGACGGCUUGAUCAAAGGUCACGCCUACGCCAUCACUGAUACGAAUAAGGUCCAGAGGCAGUCUGAUGAGAUUUUACUGUUGAGGGUGCGUAACCCCUGGGGAUUUGUUGAGUACUGUGGGCCGUGGAGUGACAAGUGUAAAGACUGGGACAGUAUAGACAGCGCUCAAAAGACCAGACUUGAGUUGGCCAAAGUUGAAGAUGGAGAAUUUUGGAUUGCAAUAGAGGACUUUUGUCGACUGUAUAAUACAGUGGAAAUGUGCAGCGUGAAUCCUGACUCCAUGUCGGGAGAGGCGAGCGAGGACACGGCUUCCCCUACCUGGAGUCUGAGCUCACAUCAGGGUACCUGGGUUCCAAUGUGCUCUGCAGGAGGCAGCCGCCGGUACCCAAGAUCUUUCUGGAGAAACCCUCAGUUCCAACUGGUUUUGUCUGAGAAAGAUAUGGAUGAACAUGACUUUGUAGAGGACGAGAUUGAGGACGAAGAUCCGGCUGGAGAAGAAGAUGAAGUUUAUGUGCCGCCUCCGGUGAUCAAAACCGGGAAACAGGAAAAGAAGAAGAAGGGCACAAUAUUGGUGGAGCUCCUGCAGAAAUAUCGCAGACAAAAAGAUAAAGUCAACUUUCUUUACAUAGCCUUCCACAUCUACAAGAUCCCGCCUGAGUUGAAGGACAAACCAGGUUCUCUAGACCAGCAGUUUUUCUCCAACAACAGGCCUGUCAGUCGGUCUGGAAAGUACCGGAGCAUCAGGAGUGUCUGGAGGAAGGUGCACCUUGAACCUGGCACUUACGUUAUAAUGGCCUCCACCUUCAGGCCCAACCAGCAGGGGGAGUUCUUCCUCCGUAUUUACACCAAAACUGGCAACAUACAAGGGUUUCAGGAUUUUCCAUGUACCAGCAAUUACUCAGCGACUGUUAUGUCAAAGCCAUCUUUACCUGAGGACCAAUAUAGGGUGCAGAAGUGGUUUGAAGAGAAAGCUGGAGUGGACGACAGAGUGAAUGCUGUGCAGUUUAUGAAUCUGGUGAACUCAGUUUUGGAAAAAGACUAUGAACUUCCACUGGAGACAUGCAGACAGCUCAUAUUUGGAGAGGAUACUGGUGGCAGAGGGCGACUGAACAGAGCUCAAGCAGAGAAGCUGCUCACCUCCCUACGCAAUCUGCAGUCUAUCUUUUUCCAAUUCGACGAGGAUUCGUCUGGAACCAUGAGUCCGUUUGAACUUACUCUGGCUCUGAAUGCUGCAGGUGUGGAGGGUGACAGUGUUGUGGUGCAGAUGUUGUGGGAGAGGUUUGGCGCUGGUGAACUCUAUCUGCCCUUCUAUGGCUUUGUGUCCUGUGUUACCAGACUGCAGGUGCUCUUUGAUCUCUUCGAGGCCGAGACCAGCACAGAGGUGAAAGACAGAGGGAUCAAUGCUUGGCUGCUCAGGCUGUUGGCUAUAUGAGCCGGUUCAGACAUGACACCUCAGCAGGACAGACGUGUUAGGCCAAGACCACCCUGACGUCAUCAACCUGGGCCUGCAUCUCCAGCUCUCCAUAUCUCUCUCUUCUAUUUUAUUUGUGUUGUAUAUCUCUGGACCUUUGCCUUGCAGUUAUAUACACCCACAUAAUGUUUCUUCAUUUGGGCUGUAAGAUCAUGUAGGUCAUUACAGUCUGGAUACGAAAUGGACUUUGAUAUAUUCACAUUAUACACACUUCCUUAAUGCAUUCCUAAUCACCAAAAGAUUUCAGAUAUUUUAAGAGCUUUUUUAAAAUCACGCAUUUAUACAUUAUUAGUGAAUAGUUGGGGACAGUCCCAAAAUCAUCAAGAUUAUUAGAUUACUUCAUUUAACUGUAUUUUCCAUUGUUUUUCGUCUUUUGAAAAACAGCCCCAUGAGUAAGUACUUCAGUAUUACUCAUUGGGCUGUUUUAUACAUAAGAUAAAAAAAAAUGAAAGGAAAUACAGUUAAAUGAAGUAAUCUAAUAAUCUUGAUGAUGUUCUCCCUUUCAUAAACAUCAAAUUAUAAGUGUGUUAAUUAUAGACAUAAUAAACUCUAAUGUUCAUUGAUAUCUAAUCUGCACUCUAAUAAAUGCUGGGUUAUUUUCAACUGAGCAGCAACCCAGUUGGGUCAUAAAGGGACAAACACAGCCCAUUGGCACAGUUGUAAUUCUACAAAUGCUAGGUUGUUUCAACCCAAAAUGCUAGGUUGUUUGGUCAAAAUAUAAACAUUUUCUGGGUUAAUCUAACUUUUUGACCCAACGCUGUGUUGAAAAUAACCCAGCAUUUUUUUUUACGUGUAUGCUAGGUUGUUUUAACCCAAAUUGCUAGGUUGUUGGGUCCAAUAUAAAAUAAUUUUGGUUAAAUUAACCCAGUGGUUGUGCUUGUCCCUUUUUGACCCAACACAGUGUUGAAAAUAACCCAGCAUGUAUUUUGUGUGUAUGCUAGGCUGUUUCAAUCCAAAAUGUUGGGUUGUUUUAACACAUUGUUUGGUCAAAAUAUACAAAUUUUCUGGGUUAAUUUAACCCAAUGGAUGGGCUUGUCCCUUUUUGACCCAACGCUGUGUUGAAAAUAACCCAGCAUUUUUUUACGUGUAUGCUAGGUUGUUUUAACCCAAAUUGCUAGGUUGUUGGGUCAAAUAUAAAAUAAUUUUGGUUAAAUUAACCCAGUGGUUGGGCUUGUCCCUUUUUGACCCAACACUGUGUUGAAAAUAACCCAGCAUUUUUUUUACAUGUAUGCUAGGCUGUUUCAACCCAAAAUGCUGGGUUUUUUUAACCCAUUGUUUGGUCAAAUAUAAACACUUUCUGGGUAAAUUUAACCGAAUGGCUGGGCUUGUCCCUUUAUGACCUAAUGCUGGGUUGAAAAUAACCCAGCAUGUAUUUUGUGUGUAUGCUAGGCUGUUUCAACCCAAAAUGCUGGGUUGUUUUAACCCAUUGUUUGGUCAAAUAUAAAAACUUUCUUGGUUAAUUUAACCCAAUGGCUAGGCUUGUUCCUUUUUGAUCUAACGCUGGGUUGAAAAUAACCCAGCAUGUAUUUUGUGUGUAUGCUAGGCUGUUUCAACCCAAAAUGCUGGGUUGUUUUAACCCAUUGUUUGGUCAAAUAUAAACACUUUCUGGGUUAAUUUAACCCAAUGGCUGGGCUUGUCCCUUUAUGACCUAACGCUGGGUUGAAAAUAACCCAGCAUGUAUUUUGUGUGUAUGCUAGGCUGUUUCAACCCAAAAUGCUGGGUUGUUUUAACCCAUUGUUUGGUCAAAUAUAAACACUUUCUGGGUUAAUUUAACCCAAUGGCUGGGCUUCUCCCUUUAUGACCUAACGCUGGGUUGAAAAUAACCCAGCAUUUUUUUUGCACAUAUGCUAGGCUGUUUCAACCCAAAAUGCUGGGUUAUUUUAACCCAUUGUUUGGUCAAAUAUUAACACUUUCUGGGUUAAUUUAACCCAAUGGCUGGGCUUUUUCACCUAACCCAGCAUUGAUUAGAGUGCACACUGUAUAUCAAUGAACAUUAUAAUAAAUGUUUAAUUCAAGUCACUUCAAAUUUAAACUAUAUCCAGCUAUCCCCUGAAAUAAUUACUAAUCGCUAAUCACUUAAUAAUUACUAAUUACAUUAUAAAUAAUUAAUAUUACUUAUUCUUCAUUGUUCCACAUAACAUUUUUAUUUUAUUAGAUAUUUGGUUGCAUAUUAGUGCCUGACAACCCCUUAACUUUAAUUUUUAAUAAUAAAACUGAAUCAACAUUCAUUAAAAUUUGAUCUGGGAUUUCUAUGCAUGACAGACAGUUAUAGGAAAUUUUCAUUUCACUGUCUGGUACUGUCAUGAACCGUCACAGUUUUUUCAAUUGUUGUUUUUGUGCAUACAUGUCAAUUCAGACUGCAGCCGUACCAGCUGCGAUUUGCUUUUAGAAGUCAAAUUCUGCAAUGCUAAUAAUGCAUUUAAAAGUGUGGUCUCAUAAUGCUUGUCAUACUUGUUGUACCAAGAAGCAUAAUUGCUUUUUUCUCAUAAAGCAUGACUCUUA